AAAGACAAUGCAAAAGUGAUUUAUAUUGCGGAAAUUGCAACAUGUAUUGUGCCUGCAAAAUAUUAAGUUCUGCCGUUGGAGGAGGCCAUAGUGGAAAAUACUUAAAGUUGGGGAGUGGCAGGAAAGUGUACUGUACUGAUGUAGAAAAAAGGUGUAGACGAAAGCGACUUGGAAAACGAAUUUUCACACCUGCUGAAAAUUGGGAAUCAUAUAUUGAAGAAUCAGAAGCUAGUUGGCAGAACCCUAAUGUAGGCCUUUAUGAGAGCCGCAACUCAAUACCUUUUGAAAGUAACGAACAACUAUAUUCUGAAAGGUCAUCAUUAAAAGAAAUCAUCCGCAUGAUUCUUCGUAAAAGUAACCUGAACUAUUACGAUACGGACCGACUAUAAAAUCGAUUUUGAGGGAGUUGAUCG